UCAGUCCCUCCCGCGCUCCCCGGACCCCUCCGACUGUGCCGUGCCUCGGGGGCGGCGCGCGAAGCCUGCUCCUCCAGCCCCGGGGCCUCCGCGCCUGGAGAGACCCCAGGCAUUCCUGUGCUCCCCUAACUCGGGCUCUUCUCUGCCUCUCCUGUACCCCAUUCAACGCCUUACCCGAGUCUCUUCCAGAGAUGACCCUUUCCCGCUCCUUUUUCCAGUUUCCAUUUGCAACUUUACCUUUUUGCCUCUUUGUCCACUUUGCUUCCUCUCUCUCUCUCUCUCUCUUCCCCUUCGCCUUGCCUUUCUUUGGUCUACACAGCCCUAAACUCAGCCUGCUUCAAGCGAUGUGAGGUUUGGGAAAGGCCUGGCAAAGCCUUCUUCGAGCGGCGACCCACUGCUCCGCCUCCCCUCUGUCAGUCCCUUUUAACUAUGAGAAGUCGUUUUUGUGCCCGCAGUUUCCUGGCCCCCUUGUGAUCGCUCGGUCCUCUCCCUCCAGGUCUGCUUCCUCCGCCCGCGGACUCAGUGAGACCCCCGCUCUCCCUGUUGGAAUGAGCCCUCAUUUCGGGGAUUGUGAAGUUUGCUGGCGUCUUUUUUUUCUUUUUUGCUAGCCUUUUGGUGUGUGGCACAGCUGAGCCAGCACCCUUGCCUUGACGAGAGGGGAGCUCCCGGGCCUGCCUUUCCUGGCAGAGUUUCUGCUGAACGUAAUCCCCGAGCCCGGGGCGGCUGCGGACGCGCCGCUGUUGCUGCUGCGCUGCUGCGUGCGCGAGCUGGGUUGGGGUUACUAUAGUUCAAACGUGGUUGAGAUCAGCGGGCUUGGGGGAGGAGGCGCCGGCGGAGAGGAAGGGGCCUCGGCAGUAAGAAGGCAUCGGAGAUUAAUGGGUAUCUUUGCAUCGCAGUUUGCAGUAAACAGAUUAGUUGGAAAGGAAAGGAGAGGACUGUGUAUCUUUGCAUUUUUUAAAAUACGGAGCGUGCAGUUCUGAGUCUCGAAUCCUGUCCAGAAGGAUGAGCUGUCGGUGCUGCAAGUCGUGACCCAGGCUGAGCACCCAAUGGCAGAGGUCUGUUCCACGAAAAAGCAAAAACCAAACAAAGCAAAAAAAAAAUGGCUGCGAAGGAAAAACUUGAGGCGGUAUUAAAUGUGGCCCUGAGGGUGCCCAGCAUCAUGCUGUUGGAUGUUCUGUACAGAUGGGAUGUCAGUUCCUUUUUCCAGCAGAUCCAAAGAAGUAGCCUCAAUAACAACCCUCUUUUCCAGUAUAAGUAUUUGGCUCUUAAUAUGCAUUAUGUAGGUUAUAUCUUAAGUGUUGUGUUACUGACCUUGCCCAGGCAGCAUCUGGUUCAGCUUUAUUUGUAUUUUUUGACUGCUCUGCUUCUCUAUGCUGGACAUCAAAUCUCCAGGGACUAUGUUAGGAGCGAACUGGAGUCUGCCUAUGAAGGACCAAUGUAUUUGGAACCUCUUUCCAUGAAUCGGUUUACCACAGCCUUAAUAGGUCAGUUGGUGGUAUGUACCUUAUGCUCGUGUGUCAUGAAAACCAAGCAGAUUUGGCUGUUUUCAGCUCAUAUGCUUCCUCUGCUAGCGCGACUCUGCCUUGUUCCUCUGGAAACUAUUGUUAUCAUCAACAAAUUUGCUAUGAUUUUUACUGGAUUGGAAGUUCUUUAUUUUCUCGGGUCUAAUCUUUUAGUACCUUAUAACCUUGCUAAGUCUGCUUACAGAGAAUUGGUUCAGGUAGUGGAGGUAUAUGGCCUUCUAGCCCUGGGAAUGUCCUUGUGGAAUCAACUGGUGGUCCCUGUUCUAUUCAUGGUUUUCUGGCUCGUCUUAUUUGCUCUUCAGAUUUACUCCUAUUUCAGCACUCGAGAUCAGCCAGCAUCACGUGAGAGGCUUCUGUUCCUUUUUCUCACAAGUAUUGCUGAAUGCUGCAGCACUCCUUACUCUCUUUUGGGUUUGGUUUUCACGGUUUCUUUUGUUGCCUUGGGUGUCCUGACACUGUGCAAGUUUUACUUGCAGGGUUACAGAGCUUUCAUGAAUGAUCCUGCCAUGAAUAGGGGCAUGACAGAAGGAGUGACGCUGUUAAUACUGGCAGUGCAGACUGGGCUGAUAGAACUGCAGGUUGUUCACCGGGCCUUCCUGCUCAGUAUUAUCCUUUUCAUUGUUGUAGCCUCUAUCCUCCAGUCCAUGUUAGAGAUUGCAGAUCCUAUUGUCUUGGCGCUGGGAGCAUCAAGAGAUAAGAGUUUAUGGAAGCACUUCCGUGCUGUAAGCCUUUGUUUGUUUUUACUGGUAUUUCCUGCUUAUAUGGCUUACAUGAUUUGCCAGUUUUUCCACAUGGAUUUUUGGCUUCUUAUCAUCAUUUCCAGUAGCAUUCUCACCUCUCUCCAGGUUCUGGGAACACUUUUUAUUUAUGUCUUAUUUAUGGUUGAGGAAUUCAGAAAAGAGCCAGUGGAAAACAUGGAUGAUGUCAUCUACUAUGUGAAUGGCACCUACCGCUUGCUGGAGUUCCUUGUGGCCCUCUGUGUGGUGGCCUAUGGUGUCUCGGAGACCAUCUUUGGAGAAUGGACUGUGAUGGGCUCAAUGAUCAUCUUCAUCCAUUCCUACUACAACGUGUGGCUCCGGGCCCAGCUGGGGUGGAAGAGCUUCCUUCUCCGCAGGGAUGCUGUGAAUAAGAUUAAAUCAUUACCCAUUGCUACAAAAGAGCAACUGGAGAAACACAAUGAUAUCUGUGCCAUCUGUUAUCAGGACAUGAAAUCAGCUGUGAUCACGCCGUGCAGUCAUUUCUUCCAUGCAGGCUGUCUUAAGAAGUGGCUGUAUGUGCAGGAGACCUGCCCUCUGUGCCACUGCCACCUCAAAAACUCCUCUCAGCUUACAGGAUUAGGGACGGACCCAGCUCCACAUCCUCCUGCUGGAGCGGAGCAAAACAUCAUGCUUCAGGAAGGUACUCAGCCCCCAGACCGUGAGCAUCCUCCAGGGACUGACGUGCACGAAGGGUCCACGGAACGUACUGAGCACAUUGCCGGAAGACCAGAUACCCAGGAAGGGGCCGCCAGCCCCGGUGAGCACCCUGAGAGUACGAAAGACAAAGCAUGUCCAGUUGAAUCCGCCUAGAGGAGAAAGAAGCGGGAGUGACCCUUUGGUGUUCCAGAGAAGUUGGCUGAAGAUGGAAUUCAUGCUCAGAUCUGAGGAGUAGGUGUGUGGAAUGAAUAGGUAGGAAACUGAUAUUCCAGUGAUCGAUUCUAGGAAGCACUCACAGUGGAAACCACCUGCUUUCAUCCCUUGACAUAGGAGGAGAAAUGUUGCUAUGUAUGCUAAUCCGAAUGUAUUUAUAUCUUUUAUGCUGAUGUUUUCUAGAGGUUUGCCAAGAAAAUUCAGCCUCAUCAACUUCAGGAAUGGCCCCUGGUUUAUGAGGCAUAAGUAAAAUCAUAUUUAAAUGUUUGAAAGGGGCGAAGGAAAAGAAUAAAGAGCAUGAGGACAGCAUGGGAAGAAUUGGGCAGAAGUGGAACUGGCCUUUCCCUUUUUAUGGGACCAGAUCAUUCUUGUUAUAAAGUAUGAGUAGCGACCAGCCCUUUUUUCCAUCCCCUUUUCCUUCAUUUAAUUGGGACUCAGUCAGUUGAUAAUUGAGUUUUGUACAGCACUGCAGUGAAAUCAAAGAUGUAGAAGCACUGAUUGUAUUCAAAGAUGGAAGCACCCUUAUACUUCAGAUGUGCUUUAGGGGAAGGGGUGGGUGGGUGAUGGGCCUCGUGAGUGCAUUCAUGUUACCUGAGACUCUUGAACUUCAUGACGGAGUCUUCAUUAUUUUGAUGUAUAUGGAACUUUUGUUAAUAUAUUGUAUGCUUUGUUGGCUGUGUGACGUAAUCUGAAACUCUAAUGAACACUUUGGAGUUCGCUCUCGUGAAGGAGGCCAAAGUGGGAGGGGCUUUAGUGCACUGAUACAAGCCCUGGGUGUACUUUUCAAUCUUGUGUAAUGUUAAUUCUUGCAACUGAAUCAAAGCAGUGUUAAAUUAUGGCAAUAUUUGCACUUUGGGAAUGAGUACAUAACUGUAUGAUGACACUCUGCAAAUGCCAUUUUAAAGCUGUUAAUAGACUUUGCACCUUUUCUUUGACAAGGAUGUGUCAUAUUUAAAUUUUUACAUUCAUCAUGGCUACAGGUAGAACUGGGGAGGGGGGAAUAUAAUUUUUUUAUGGGAAUUUUGAUAUGAAAAGAAACUAGUCAUUUAUUUAUACAAUAGGCUUGGCUCAAAAAGUGUUUUUCAGACUUGAUAUUCCUAAUGUGGGAUGUGAUUUUAUUUUAUUUUUAGUAGCAGAUUUGGGUGUAGACUGACAGACAUAACUGAAUGUCUUAAUAAAUUUAAAUUUGAUGAUA